AUACCAGGGAAGCAAGCAGCCCAAAAACACCAGGAUUUUGAAUUCACCUUUACAAACCAACAGUCAACUGCAGCUAACCUGGGAUCACUGUAAGGAGCUAAAACAGCAUCAAGUGCAGACAAAGAACAGUAAUAACUUGGAGAAACAUGACUACUUUACUUCUUCUGUGUACCUGCCUCAGUGUCAUCUCGGCAACAGAUUUGUUUGGAGAUAUGGAUGACCAGGACAGUUCACUGAGUGUCAGCAUCCCUGUGAAACCACCACUGCGCCCCCUGCUGGGUGGGAAGAUGGUCAUACCUUGCUACUUCCAGGACAACACAGCCUAUGACCCGGGAGCACCUACCAUUGCUCCCCUGUCCCACCGCAUCAAGUGGAGCUUUAUCCACAAGGGCAAAAUAAGCCUCAUCCUUGUAGCCACCAGGGGUGUAGUGCACAUUGAGACAGACUAUUUGGACCGAGUCACCAUGAUGAAUUACCCCACCCUCCCCAUGGAUGUUACCAUAGAGAUCACAGAGCUGCGCUCCAAUGAUUCUGGAAUCUAUCGCUGUGAGGUCAUGCAUGGCAUUGAGGAUAACUAUGAUUCAGUGGAGUUGAAAGUGGAAGGCAUUGUGUUCCACUACCGAGCCAUCUCCAGCCGCUACACCUUGACCUUUGAGAAGGCAAAGGCAGCCUGCAUUCAGAACAGUGCUGUCAUAGCAACGCCAGAACAGCUGCAGGCUGCUUAUGAUGAUGGCUUCCAUCAGUGUGAUGCAGGUUGGCUUUCAGACCGAACUGUCAGGUACCCCAUUCAUGAGCCAAGAGAGCCUUGCUAUGGAGACAAAGAAAGAUUCCCUGGGGUACGAACCUAUGGAGUCAGAGAUGAUGAUGAGACUUAUGAUGUGUACUGCUUUGCAGAAAAGAUGACAGGCAGAGUCUUCUAUUCCAUGUCCAUGGAGAAGUUUACCUUCACUGAGGCAUCAGAACAGUGUGCCAAGCUUGGGGCCCAUUUGGCCACGACAGGGCAGCUGUACCUGGCCUGGAAGGAUGGGAUGGAUAUAUGCAAUGCCGGCUGGCUGGCUGACGGUAGUGUGAGGUACCCCAUCAACAUCGCCCGGCCACAAUGUGGCGGGGGUCUUCUAGGCGUGCGCACUGUUUACCUUUUCCCAAACCAGACUGGCUACCCCAAUCCAGACUCACGCUAUGAUGCAAUCUGCUAUGAAGGAGAGGAAGAGCUGCCAAGUGGGUCCUCCCCAGAGCCUGAACUUUACAGGACCACAGAUGUGACGUUCAGUGUAGCCACUGCCACCCAGAGCCCCUUGGCCUAUCCUGAGAGUGCCACCACCGAGGGUGAGGUGCGGGGGGAGCUUGCAACGCAAGAGCCCUGGAUUACCACAGCUAUGGAGGUGCACUUACCCAUCCCUCCCACCACUACAGACAACAUCACUGAGGUCAUUGAAACCAUAAUCAGUGUGGCUACAGCACAGCCUUAUCUUGGCUAUGAGAGGCCUGGAGAAAAUGUCAGCACUGCAAACCGGUCUAUGCUGAAUGCUACAUGGAUGGAAAUGGAUCUCAACGUCACAGACAUAACAGAGGCUCAAAGGCUUGAGGAAAUCAGUUCUGGAUCUGCUUCUGCUGACUUAUCUGCCAGUGGGGAGGUGUCCGGAAGCGGCAUUCCAAGUGGUGAUGUACUUGGGAGUGGUUUUCCCAGUGGCGAAAUAUAUGGUAGUGACAUUCCAAGUGGCGAUGUGUCUGGAAGUGGCCUUCCCAGUGGUGACGUAUCCGGGGGUGACCUUCCGAGUGGUGAAAUAUUCAGUAGUGGAUUUCCCAGUGGUGAUGUGUCUGGCAGCGGAUUUUCGAGUGUGGAUGUAUCUGGAUCUGGCCACAGUGGUGAUGACUCAGGCAUCUUUGUCAGCUUCCAGGAGAGUGGAGAUAUAAUUUCACCAGAAGGAUCUGCAUCAAGGGGUCCUCAGGAGGCUGGAAAAGGCAGUACAAUAAUGUUUCCUUCAGGAAUGGAAUCUGGAGACAUUAGUGGCGACCACCCAGGAUCAGGUGACAUGUCUGGAUCUGGUCACAUUUGGAGUGGAUCUGGUGGUCUUCUAUUUGGGUCUGGUAGUGGAGAUAUGAUCAUUUUGGUUGAUCAUAAAGAGAUUGACCUGUCCUUCUCACAGGGGAAAACAGAGCAAGAGUUUGGCAGAGGGCAUCCUGAGGUGAGCGGAUUCAGCGGGCUCAGUGGUGACAUGAGCAGCUCUGAUUUUAGUGGAUUCUACAGUGGUGACAUCAUGAGUGGCAAUGGAUUUAGUGGGUUCCGCAAUGAUGAUGUCAUGAGUGGCUCUGGAUUCAGUGGGUCCCACAGUGGUGAAGGCAUGAGUGGGUCUGGACUGAGUGGAUUGCACAGUGGUGACAUCACGAGUGGCUCUGGUUUCCCUAGUGUAUCUUUUCUGGACUCUGAUAUGAUUGGCCUGACUGGAAGACCUUUAGGAGAGCAGGAGGUUUCCGGAAUUUCUGGUGAUGUAUCUGGUGAUAUCAGUGGCAUUCUCUCUGGUUAUGCCUCUGGUUUUAGCCAUCCAUCAGGAGAUAUAACUUCUCCAGAGAGUGGAGCAAUCAUCUUGCUAACAGAAGAUGAGGUCACAGCAGUGACCUUGAGGUCUUCAGAGGAUGCAGAGCAGGGUCGUGGCUUGGUGGAGAUCAGUGGAGAAGGCAGUUCUGCAGAGCUUCACAAAGAAGAACCCUCCACUCAGCUGCCUUCGGAACUCUCAUAUAAGAAAAAUAUAAAUAGCAGAAAUACUGAAGAUAUCCUUAAAGAUUUGGAGGAGCAGACAGCAGCUCUAGAAGAGGUUAAUCUCACUGAUCAAUCAACGCUAAACACUACCAGCCCAACCACAUUAACCCUAUCCACCUCUCCCUCCAUUUCUCUUCAAACGCCAGCUACCAUGGAGCAACCUAUUGUCACAGAAGUCUCUGACCCCUGUGAUCCAAAUCCCUGUGGUAAUGGAUUGUGUUCUGUGCAAGAUGAAAUUGCGGUAUGCCAUUGUCCAGCAGGAUUUAGUGGCGAGAACUGUGCAACACCAGCUCAGGGAUGUGCAGAGGGCUGGGUGGAAUUCAUGGGCAGCUGCUAUAUUCACUUUAGUGAACGGGAGAUCGGAUGAGUGCUUGAGCAGCAUUGUCAAGAACUAAAUGCUCACCUGGUUAGCGUCACUUCCCAGCAGGAGCAAGACUUUGUUAACACUCAGGCUCAGGACUACCAAUGGAUUGGACUCAGUGACAGGGACAAGAAAAAUGAGUUUCGUUGGACAGAUGGAACUCUUUUGGAAUACGAAAACUGGAAACCUAAUCAGCCAGAUAAUUACUAUAACACUGGAGAAGACUGUGUCGUAAUGAUUUGGCAUGAGCUUGGCCAGUGGAAUGAUGUGCCCUGUAACUACCAUCUGCCCUUCACUUGCAAAAGUGGACCUGGUAAUCCCUGCUCUACCCCUCCUGAGGUGAUGAAUGCGACGACGUUUGGAAAGAGCAGGGAGCGCUAUCCAGUCAACUCCAUCAUCCGCUACCAGUGUGACCCUGGCUUCAUACAGCGCCACCAGUCUGUCAUACAUUGCAUGCCAAAUGGGGAGUGGGAGGAGCCAAAAGUGGAAUGUGUGGGAAACAAAACAAACAACAGACUACGGAAAAGAUCACUCAAGUGGCAUUCCAAAGCAGUCAACAAUUGAAAAAAGAGAAAGGUCCUCUGAAUGGGACUCAAGGCGCACACUUCAAAUCAUCUAGAGAACUGUUGUUAGUAAAGAGUUUUUUGACAAAAACUCUCAUUUGCCCAGAAGAAAGCCUAUAGCUUCAGUAAAUGGUUAAAUUUAUGCAACAAUGCACAUUAGAUUCUGUUCUGUAGUCUGCCUGGCUGAUUUCGAGUGUUACUCAGUGCCUUGCUGUUGGGAAAAGUGAAGGAACAAAGAAUGUAAGUUUCUAUGGUGAGUGUUUGGUGAAACACUGAACAUCUUCCCAAUCACUGGCUUUUGUUCCGAGACAACCUAAUGUAAAACAAGAUUUGACGAACACUCUGAUCUACAACACAAAUCCAUGUGAAGAUCAUUUUAAUCAGUGACAGACUGAGUAUUUCUGAGAAAUGAAAAUGAGUCAAAGCUCUGGAUUUCCCCAACAAUGAAACACAUUGUCUGCGAAAGUAUUCUUCUGCGCCACCAGGUGACACUGUUGUUCCCUUUUACUUUUUUGGGCAGUUUUUGCCAGAAUACAUGGCAAAUUACCCCCUACUUGAUUGCAGUUAUUUUCAGUUUAGUCACUUUACUGUUCUGCAUAAUGAUUUUUUUUUUUACACUUUUCUGUAAGUGUGAGAGAAAAUGAGAGAAAGAGUGAGUGAAUGUUAGGGUAGUAAUGGGCUUAAGAGUGUCACUUAAUGUCAAAACAAGACAAAAGACUUCAUUGACUACAGCUGAAUACAAUGAAGUCAAGCAUGUUAGUAUUUCAAGUUGUAUUCUUAGGAUAAUUUUUUUCUCUUUUCUCUUUUUUUGUUGUUUAUCACUGUUCAUAUGUCCAGCCUGACCACAGAAGGCACGUUAUCUCUGUAAGACUGUGAAAAGUAAAGCAUUUCUAGGUCUCCUACAUGACUUCAUUGUCACGUUAACAACUCAAUUUUAAAGUCAUAAAAAAAUUUGUCUCACUUUCGGGGUCCUCCUUACUGAGGACUAUAUCUGGAAACAUUGGCUCGUUAUCUUUUCACAUAGGAAAGCUAAUCCACUUAUGAUGCAAUGUCUACUAUUUGGAGUGAAAGAGAAUUGCUAAUUAUUCAUAUCAGGUACUUGCAUAAUAUUACAGUGCUUACAAUGAUGCAUUGCAAUAUACAAAUUAACAUAUUCAUACAUAUAUACCACAAGCCAUUCUUCUUUGACAAAAACAAAACAAAAAGUAGUAUAGGUUUCUUGGGGGAUUAUUGCACUCGUUUGUAUUCUAAUCAUACACAAAAAUAUCCAGCCCUUUCCAUGCAGUGAGGCCUUGCUGUCAACUGUUAUUUUCAACUAUGUUACACUGUGCUCAUAGCUGUCAAGUGCCAUACCUGUGUCCAACAAAUAAACAGAAACUAAAUGUG